AACCCACUCCCUGUGAGACCACCAUCGUUCCACCAUGAAGAGGAACAAGCAGAUCAACAUCCAGCGCACCCUCGCUCUGGCCGGCGCCUUCCACUUCCUGUCCUCCUGCUCCCGGGCCUCGCUGCUGCCCUUCCUCACGCUCUUCCUCCGUCAGCAGGGUCUUUCUCCCUCCAUGACGGGCAUCAUCAUGGGCACCAAACACCUCAUCGCUCUGCUGUGGAGCCCCGCCUCCAGCCUGCUGUCCAAACACUACAACCAGAGGAGGGCGGUGAUCGUUGGAUCUCUGGUUUGUUCGGCGUCCGUCGCUCUUCUUCCACUGUUCUUCCCGCCUGUGGAAGUGCACGAAAACUGUCAUUUCACGAGCGAUCUGAGCGGUGGUCCGACGCAAAGUCCGACAGGUGGUGGUGGUGGGAUUAAGAGCAGCGCUGCACCUCACACGUUACCAAGAACUACGGAUUCUCAAACUCCUGCAAAGACACUCGCUGAUGCUCAACCUGCUCCGGUUCUGACGAACGAAACAGCACUUCUGGAUAAACCUCCGCUUCCAAAAGACAAUGCGAACAAAAGUCAGACAAGUGGUGGUGGUGUGAUUAAGACCAGUGUUGCACUUUCGUCUGUAUCCGAAACUAAAGCUAACAAUGCUACGGUUCCUCAGUCUGCAAGUGUUCCUGCAAAAAGACUCGCUGAUGUUAAACCUGCUCCGGUUCUGACGAACGAAACGGCGCUUCAUCAUCUGGAUAAACCUCCGCUUUCAGACGACAUCACAAACAAAAGUCAGACACGUGGUGGUGGUGCGAUUAAGAGCGGUGUUGCCCUUUCCUCUGAAUCCAGAACUAGGAAUAAAAGGUCAGAAGUCAAGAUGCAGGAGGAGGAGGAGGAGAACCACCAGAGACGGUUUGAGUUUCUGGGCAGCCUGAAGGUGAUGGACGCUCAGCACCAGCUCUUCUUCCUCAUCCUCAUCACCGUGUCGCUGUGGGAGUUAAUGGCGUCGCCUCUCGAAUGGACGGCGGACGACGGACUGUACGAGUAUCUCGACUUCGCCGAUGCUUCGGAUCGAUACAGAAUCACCUCUAUUUGGAAGAUCCUCGGAGCGGCGUUUGCCGUCGGAGGAACCGGACUUCUCGUCAGCCGAUUGCCCUGCCUCAUAGCGGGGGAUUUCCCUCGGAUGGCCGCGCACUUCUUCCUCUACGCUGUCAUCGGAUUUGUGGCGCUUCCUGUCGCCGCCUACCUGCCUCUGCACCUGAAUAAGAAGCGGGAUCGGGGUUUCGGUCUCCUAAAAGCGUUGCAGCUGGUCCACAACUCCCCCCACGCUUUGCUUUGCGUCGCCACCACCUUUUUAGUGGCGUGCGCUGGAUCCGUUGUGGAUAAUUUCCUCUUGUGGCAGAUGCAGGACCACGGGAGCAGCGAGAUGCACAUGGGGGUCUCGUUAGCCCUCGCUUUAGUUUCACAGGCUGCCUAUCCUUUACUCAAAGGGCGGAUUUCGAAGCUGCUCACCCCAGGAAAGGUGCUCGUCGUCGGGGCAGCAAGCCUCGGUGUGCAGUGCUUCUACUUCUCCUUCCUGUGGGGGCCGUGGGCUGUGAUUCCCGCCCAGAUGUUGAGUUGUUUGAGCUCUGGCGCCCUCUGGUGGGCCGUGAAGAUACAGUGUGAGGAGGUGGCUACACCGGGAUCGGAGAGGAGUGUAAGGAGGAUCUUCAGCUCUCUUUCGCUAAAUUUGGGGAGUAGUUUGGGGAGUUUUUCCGGGGGCUUUGUGGUGCAGAGGUUCGGGUUGACGUGGCUGUUCAGAGGGACGGCGAUGUGUGUGAUGUUGUGGUGUGUGUGUCUGCCUCUGCUGCAAUUUAAAGCCCCUCAACAGUGCAGGAUUAAUUACUCCAGACUGCUGGCGGCUAACGGGAGCGACGCCAGCGACUCUGAGAGCGAAUCGGACUGGCUGGAGAAAGCGAUGGAGGAGAACAGAAGCAAAAACAACUCGGGGAGAAAGAUCCACUGAACUGAGGGCAAAAGGAUUCAAAAAGUGAAGUAGCGAGAAAUGAAGUAAAAUGAUAGAUCCAUUUAUAUCAGAAGGUAUAUAAGAGUUAUCAUAAAGAAAUUAUUGGUCAACUUGCACUCGUAACUUUGUCGACCAAUCAAUUUGUUGAAUCAGAAUUAUGAAAAAGCACAACUUUAUAAACCCCUGUUUCCAAGAGAUGUGUGCAAAAACGACAACUAUAGUGACUUAUGACUGAAAAGGGAUAAAAAGUUCUGCUUUUCUAAAACAAAUAUCUACAUAAUAUAUUUAUAUACUUGACCCUACCUUUACAACAUUAGAGAACCCCUUUUUAUUUCUGAGGUAGGGUACAAACUAUGCAAAACAUUUUUUAUUUUCUUUGUCAAUCUUAAAUGGUAUGUUGUCUUAUGUUACAAAAGAAACUCUGUCAUAGAAAAAGUGAUUCAGCAAGAAAAAGACAAAUUGAUACAGGAUGUUACACCAGUGAUGUCAGAAGUUGUGUGAUACCUAAAACUACUAACCCUAACUAAUCCUACCAAUAUAUUUGCUUCGUUCUGUCUUUCCUGCUUUGACAGCUUUAAUUAAAGUCAAAGUGCCAAUGUUUAACUUUCAUCAUUUCUUCCAUCAGAGUUAAAUGGAGUGGCAGUUAAAAUGUCUUCAAGCUUUACUGAUGGACUUCCUCUCUGAGCCACCUGAGCCUUUUCACAUUAGCAUAAGCAAUCAUUGUCUUUUAUAUAAAGCAAACAAGGCAGCAGGAUUAUGCUCUGCAGAAGAAUACGAGGCACGUUGAACCGCUCGGGGUUUAAGUUGUUUUUCUUCAGGCGUAAACACAAGAUGUUUGCAGAGGAUGAGGCUCUGACUUCUGGUGUCACCACACCCCAAAGCCUGUUUAUCUGCUGUGAAUAUCACCACUGUCAUGCAUUGUGUUCAAGCCUUUAUUCUACACCCUUUAAACUGCUGAAACUAUUUAAAAGGUGGGAUGGUGAUCGUUCUGGCAGUUCGUUAUAUGCAAACUAUGUAAAUCACUUGGUUUGGUAUUUAAGUAAUUUCUAAAGAGUUUCUCAUUAUAAUUUCUUUUAUUUGUCGAAAACAACGUCCUAAAAAGGGCCAGUGGAGGGAUGGUGUGCAUGUUUAAUUAAAAGAUCAAUUACAUUUCUUAGGAAAAUGUAUUAAGUUGGAGACCAUACGUUUGUCCUAGAGUUAUCUACAUGUACUGAUUGUCUAAUGUUUGUUCUCUAAGAGCUUCCUUCCAUUUUACCGAAAGUAAAAGGAUUACAGUUGUUUGAUAUUUUGAUCGUCUUGGUUUAAAAAACUCUUGGAGUCGAAUUGAAUGAUACUUAAAAACAAAGGGUAACUGGGAUUGUAAUUUUGUGUGAGAAUCUUGUGUUAUUUGUGAAAGCAAAUGUGUUUUUUGAGCUGUGCCGGAAAACGUUUAUCAAACUUGUAUUUCAAUUUCACGAAACAUACCGCAUGUCAAAAGGUGUAUUUGUAUGAUAGAAAUCAUUAGAGAUGUGUGUUGAAAAGAAAAUAUUUUGUUUGUGCUCCCAAAAACAAAUAAACAUAUUUUUCCUUUU